CCCUUUUCUAUGAACAUCUCCUGUCAAAUGAAUUGUGGUGAUUCUUUGACAUUUAUAAACUUCAAAGCAAAAAAAUUAACAAAUUAUCACAAAAACCGAAAAGCGAAAUAUUCCUUAAAACAAAUCAGUAAUUCAGCAUAAAUGGCUGAAUGCAACGACGAUUUAAACGAUGAAAACAUUAUAAUUAACGAUCAGGAUGGUUUACCGAAUGUUCACCCAAACCUUCUUCCGGAAACCGAUUACGAUUCCUCUAAAGAAGAUUCCAGUGAUGAAUUUGGUGAUUUACCUUCCUCCUUAAUAGUUACAAAUAUUCACAGCAGUGUCUUUAAGUGCCAAGUUUUUUGUUUAAUUUAUUUAGAUAAAAAGAAGGAACUUGAAGAUUUGUUUCGUAAAUUUGAUGAAGAAGUUACUUUUCAAUGGUUGCCUAGUUUUAGAAGACUACGAGUUAAUUUUAAGACUCCUGUCGCUGCCACAAAUGCCCGUAUUCAACUGCAUCAAUAUAAAAUUAAUGAUUCUGUUAUAACUUGUUAUUUUGCUCAGCCAGUUACCCCUGUUAAAAAUUGUACUCUUCAGCCACCUGCCCCUUUCAAACAAUAUCUUAUUUCACCUCCUGCUUCACCUCCAUUAGAUUGGGAACCCAGACCUGAAGGUGAACCCAUUAUAAACCAUGACCUCAUUGCUGCUUUAGCAAAUUUAAAUCCGGGUUCCUCCCAUGAAUUACAUCCCCCUAGUCCAGGCCAACCUGGCAUAAUUGUUCAUACAGCAUUAGCACCACCAGAAUCUUCUGCCAUCAACCCCAAAAUGAAAAUUAUCCAUACCAGUUGUCCCCAAAACAGCUAACUGUGUUUAGGAAAUAGUGAUGCAUAUUAUUUGAAUAAGUUGGAUCUUUAUUUCUGCAGGGUGUUUAAUUUACUACAUAUCAUUUAAAAGUUGUUUAUGGAAAAUACUACUUAGUUUUCAUUAUACUAAAUUUAUUUUUUGAGUUAUUUUUUAAUGUUAGUCUUUUCAAAAUUAUUUUUGAAAUUUUUAAAAUUACAGCCCAAUUCUGUUUUUCCCCAAAGAAUUGUAUUUAUAAAAAAAACAUUUCAUACGAAGAAAAUAGCAGAUUAACUGGGGAUGCCUGAAAAUCAACUAAAAUUAAGCAAUGAACAAAACCAAAAUUCAUGUAAAUAGGUAUUUAUUAAUUUCAACAAAAUUAGUAAAUGUGUACAUACAGAAAUUUUUUUUUAAUUUUCACAUCAUAGGUAGUUCAAAACGAUACCCUUUACUUUUAAUUUUAACACCGAACAUAAAAUAUAGAUUUUGCUCAAAUGCGGGGAAUCCCAGCAAUACAAGAAAGGUACGGAAAAAUGGAAUUGGACGUAAAUUCAAUGUUAUUAACGAUAAAUAAUGUCUGCUUUCAUUCUCGUUAAUAACAUUCGACUAUUUCAUUUAAAUGCACUAUUUGGUGUCUUCACUUUUCACAUGAUACUUAAUAAUCAAUCUACCUGCACCUAAUUAUCGAAAUAAUUACGAAAAUAAAAAGCAUUGUUCUAAUUAA